UAGAACAAUUCGUGUGCGCGUCGCUGCUGGUGGAACCGAAUCUCACCAGCUCUACACUACAAUCGACGACGACGGCGGCGGCGGUAAAUAUACACGCGAAAUUAAUAUUAUUACGGUCGUCGGUUGUCUCGCGCGUACGCGUCUUCACGGCACACGGCGGUUCGGGCGUAACGCGUUACCCGUACACGAGACACGCACGGUUCGCGGUCGUCGACGCACACUCCUAAACACGACGACAAGAGCAUCGACAACGACACCACCAUCAACCACAGAAUCGUCGUAAAAUGGCGUUGAAACGUAUCAAUAAGGAACUUCAAGACUUAGGCAGAGACCCACCAGCACAAUGCUCCGCUGGACCUGUUGGAGAUGAUUUAUUUCAUUGGCAAGCAACGAUUAUGGGACCACCGGAUAGUCCAUACCAAGGUGGCGUGUUUUUCUUAACUAUCCAUUUUCCUACGGAUUAUCCAUUCAAACCUCCAAAGGUUGCAUUCACUACUAGAAUUUAUCAUCCGAACAUWAACAGUAAUGGUAGCAUUUGUCUUGAUAUUCUACGGUCUCAAUGGUCACCAGCAUUGACCAUAUCAAAAGUUUUGUUGUCAAUUUGCUCGUUGUUAUGUGAUCCAAAUCCAGAUGAUCCGCUUGUUCCUGAGAUUGCUAGGAUAUAUAAAACAGACAGAGAAAAGUACAACGAAUUAGCCAGGGAAUGGACCCGCAAAUAUGCAAUGUGAUGGUUGUUUUAUGAUAUGUUGCCUGUCCGCCCGUCAUCAGAUUAACAUUCUUUUUUUUUCGCCCUGUACAACUUCAAAAAGAUCAAUAAUACACUUUCAAUCUCCAACUCAUUUGGUAAAAUAAAAAUUUGGCCACCUCAUGGAAAAUUACUUUUUAGUAUGAUUUGGAAAAUAUUUUAAUUAUAAUGCCUAUACAUACUCUUUUUUUUUUACUUAUCACUUUGUCAAAAAGUUCAAUAUUGAAUGUGUAAGUGUCUCAUAAUAUAGAGAACAAAUUUAAAAUAACAUGGUGUUUAUUUAGUAGUUAACUUUAAUAAUAAUGCAUAUUAUUUUUUUUUGGGAUAAAAGUGUAAUAUAUUCAUGUGCUGGUGGCGAUUGAUAACUGCCUUUUUACCUACCCAUAAAUAAUUAUAAUAUAUAUAGUUUUUCAUUAUUA